UAGUGAUGACAGCUAUUGUGUGUAGAGCUCUGUUGUUGAUCUUUGCGCAUUACCUUUGCUCUGUCAAAAGCAUUAUAAGCUGGUUGUUAAUUAACAGGACGCACAGGUCGUCAGGCAUAUGAUUUAUUGGCGUUUAUAUUUAGCUUGACCGAGCUAACAGAGAAUAUGUGAGUGGUAGCAGUAACCACUACAAGCCUAAGAGUUAGGGGGUUAGUGUCAGUUUGCAACUCCCGCGCUAAAUUUAGCAUGUUUGUGCGAACGAGUUCUCAUGAACACACACGCGCGGUGACCCACAGAUCAGCCGGCGACCACGGCUCCUUUUGGGAGGAAAACGACUGAAGCUUUGUCACCUGCUCUCUAAUCCUCUUUGUUUCCUUUUUGGCAUGAAGGCACUGGCCUUGGACUAUGAGUAAUGGGCCCCUGUCUUUCUGAAGUACUGAAACCAUGGGCCUAUCAGAUGAACCAUCAGGGGGCCGCGGCCGUAACAGUCCAGACCCUUUGGUCAGAGAGGCCUACCUGAUGGCCUACGACUACCUUGCCUACGUGACAUCCCCGCCUGGUGCGUACCUCCCUCCCCCUCCCUGUCCGGCGGCAUCCGCGCUUAGGCACGCCGGCGACGAACUCCUCAUCCGGUUUCCCAUCUUCUUCCGCCGCUGGCCGCGUGUCUUCCAGGAUGUGACGGAGAGCACGGCCUGCCCCAUGCUCACGGCCAUCCUGGACGAGCACUUUGGCCCUGCUGCCCCGGGCGGGCGCCGAAGAGACCUGGCCUGGAGUGCUGUGCUGUCGGUGUAUGUGCUGGCCGGACAGAUGGCCCUGCACUGCCAUGACAAUGGCAUGGAUGGCGUGCUGCCACAGCUGCAGGAGUGUGUGGGAGCGUACGUAGAGAGGGUGAUCUGUCCUGAGAUCAGGGAACACGGGGGAUGGUCUGGUUUUAUAUCUCGCUUUGGGGUAAAACAGAGCUUCGAAGGUCAAGUGAAAAGAGUAUGCUAUUGGACUUUACUAAUGUUAACCACAGGCAUCCUCACCUACUUCCUUUGGAAAAGAAGAAUGGGUUGAACAUGUAUAGCACUGUCCUCUGGGAUACAUAGAGACUGUUUUUACAAGCAAUAUGUCUUGGAAUGAAACAAUUACUUCUAAAAAAAAUUAUUAUUGAAUUAAUGUAAUUGUGUAUGAUUGCACUCUAAUUAUGCAUAUUUUAGAGCCACUGUUACUUAAAAAAUGUUGAAAUUUUGAAAAGGUAAAACAGUUAUCAGAUUACGUGUAACAUGUAGACGUUUUAUGUGGCUUUCCAAUCAAAGAAAUAGCAUGUUUUUAAUGGUCAAAUCAGUACAGCCAAAGUCCUUUUAGGCAAGUCCCUCCACUUGGCGGCCAUAUGGCAACGCUUUUUGGGCACUCAUCGGGCAUACAUCUCGGCAGAAAUGCGCGUGCGCAAGGCUUCAGGACACCAAUCUA